UUUAACAUAACGUCGUUUAAGAACAAGGAUAGAAUAAGAGUAGAAGUAAAUUAGAAGGAGACAAAGAUUCCACCUUAUAGGAAUAUGCUGUGGCAACGGUCAGACUAGAGAGGUUUCUCCUCAACUGUCAAAAAAUCAUUUGCAUAUUCAUAGAAAGAUUGCUAUAUUACUAAAAUUGUAUUAUUUUAACAUAAAUUUCGUAAUCGUUGUUUAAUAGUUAACAGUGGCAGUGUCCGAACUAUAGUUAUUAAAAUGUGAAGAAUAAUGUUCAAGAAAAAACAGUUAAACGAUCAAUAAACUGUCCUUAACAUCAGUGAAUAAAGACUGAAUUUUAUGAAUGAUGGAAAUAUCUUUGAAAUGGCUUAGAUUUUAUUUGUGUUUGUUAUUUUUGUUUCUUCAGUUAUGUAACGGGAAUCCGAUCAGUCCGAAUGAUACAGAAACAGAUUCACAUGCCAAAUUAUUAACGGGGGUCAUUUCCCUAUUAUUGACUGUUUGUAGCUUGGUAUUUUUAGCAGCCUGCUUAUGUUGCCAAAGAAGAAAACGUUUUGAGGUACAGGAUCCAGAGAAACAAUUUAGAAAUAGUCCGGUAACUGCUUCGUCAAUUUCUGAUCUGGAUCAUGGUCACGUCAAUCCGAUUGCCAACGGAGAAUUUACCAUAUUUUCUCCCUUAUCCACACACUACAAUAACAACGUUUUCCAUGCAAACGAGACAAAGACAAAAGCUGUUGAAGAUCCUUUAGCAAAUAGUUAUGACAUCAGCAGUUGGUUUGGUCCAGGAGAAAAAGAUUUUCCUAGAACCAGGUUGAAGUAUAUCAAAGAAUUGGGAUCAGGAUGGUUUGGAAAGGUGGUUGAGGGGGCCGUACAAGAUGUAGACAAUAAAGGACAAUCGUGGUCUCCAGUAGUUGUUAGAAUCUUAGAAACGACAUCUAGUCAAAAAGAGAAAAUAUUAUUUUUACAAAAUGCUGCCAUCUACAGGACAGGCGGUCAUGCUAAUAUUUUGUCUCUAGUUGGAAAGUCUUUAGAAACAGUACCCUAUUUAUUGCUACAAGAAUAUUGUCCUCAGGGCGAUUUAAAGGUAUACUUGAAAUCGCAGAAGGCAAAUGCCGAGCAGUUUCUUUCGACUGAUUAUCCACUGUUGUGGUGUCAUCAAUUAACAUCGGCUUUGAAACACCUUCACGAACAUGACAUCGUGCAUUCGGAUUUAGCUAGUAGAAACUGCCAACUGACCUCAACCCUCCAAUUAAAAUUGGGUGACUAUGGUCUGGGUCCGUUCAAAUACCCAUCAGACUAUUACCAAGGCCAGCCCGCUGUUCCUGUCCGUUGGUGUGCUCCCGAAUCUCUUGUCUGUACGCAUACCACCAUCCAACCGAAAAGACUUACUCCCGAAGACAACGUUUGGUCGUUGGCUGUGACAAUGUGGGAGAUAUGCGAGUGUGGCGAACAACCUUACUGGUCACUCACGGACGAUGAAGUGAUUUCCCAAGUUUUGGGGGCUGCAGCAGUGAGAUUAGAAAGGCCUACGUGUUCGGUGCUCUAUACGGACUAUAUAUUUCGCUUAAUGCAGCUGUGUUGGACCAGCGCUGAAUCUCGGCCUAAAGUAUUGCAAUUACAUAUUAUGCUGACUGAUCUCCUGCAAGUGCACAGAAAUACUUCCUCGUCGGAUACUCUGAACGUCGACGAAUUCGAUCGAAGAUGGGCAUCGUGCAAACCGAACACCAUCAUUAAAACCGACCAUAUUUCCGAAAGCAUUCUUUCGAACGAUGAAAGAGAAAACGGCACAAAGUCACUAUCGCUUAGUCUCACCAAUUUACAUGGAUCUUUGGACAAUUUAAAUUUUGGCGAUAUGGACAAUAGUACAAACGAACAAUCAAAAUCUAUGAACCGAUACGACAUAUUUCAAAGAACGAGCAGUGGUAGCGAAACAGAAGAAGAAAAUUGGAAACUGAAAGUCGAACGGGGAGCGUAUACCGAGAAAGUUAGACAGAAAUCCCGAUCGGUGGCCGAUCUUAUGGUACUAACGCACGUGGAUUAUUCAGAAUCAGAAUCCGAAACCCCAUUGCAGAGUUUAGAGUAUAGAGUCAAUUACAAAAAUGUUAGGUUAGCCGGUUUGGACGGGGGUAAUCACUUGGAGAAUACCAGUCUCACUUUUGGAAGUGAAGGUAACCUUCUAAGCGUGCAAGAUACGUUCAAAGAGGAGCUAAGAAAAUUACAAGAAGAGCGUCGUGAUAGUCUGCCUUUUGUACCUGAUAACGUUAGUCAAAGUAGUUUUAGAAACAGUGAAGUAGCCGCAUCUCCCUCGCGGCUGAUACAAGAACUAAACAGCUCGUCGGAGCUUAAACCCGCCAAUCAAAUUUUCAACAUAUACAACGUUACCGUAGAUAAUUACAGUCCCAUUCGUGUAAAUACAAAAUUAGGCAACAUCUUGGACGUCAACUCACAACUGAAGCCAGAAUGGCGAGAGGUUGAUAAAUUAAGCGAAAUUAACUCUGAAUUAAACCAAGAAAUAAGCAAACUUGAGAGGUUAAAAGAAAUACACAAAGUUGAUUCCGGUUUAAGCACCGCAAGUAGUUCUGAUUUGAAUCAAGAAUCCGAAGAAGCUGGUGCAAGUGGAAACCAUUCGGUUAACUGUAUGUUACAACCAGACAUAGGAAUUCAAAAUGUACAAGGAAAUUUUACUUCUAUGGAAGUUAAUCCUGAUUUAAUCAAAGAGUUGGUACAGUCAGAGAAGUCUGUUCCAGAUAUUAUAUGUCAAUCAAAACCAAAAUCUUGGGAAAUAGACCAUUCUCCAAGAAGAAACCAACCGUCUAAUCAAUCAAAUACACUAGAUCUUAUCGGAGUUGUUCCUCGACAAGCAGAACCAUCAACAAGUUAUAGAGGAACCGAAAAGCUUGCAAGUACUAACCAUGUGGAGGUAGCAGAAGCUGCGAAUGUAUUAGAUAUAAAUUUUUCCGUACCGGAAAUACUCGACAAUACACGUGAAUCAGAUGUAGAUCAAGAAAUUAAAGAACCUAAAACGUCAAAUUUAGCUGAAAUUUCAAAAGAAGACGCAGCAGAAGCAAACUUGAGUUUAAAAGAAAUACAACAGUUUCAACAAUUAAGUAGGUGGGUAGAUUCACCUAUUACUUCUUUAGAUACAACUACAGACUCAGAAACAUUGAAGAAUGUGAAUAAAACAGACGUUAAUGGUGUCUUACAAACAGACGAACAUACAGAAGAUAUUAAUGCAUAUGGACAUAUAAACUCAAAUGUAACUGAUGGAGGACGAGAGGAUGGUCGAUUGGAUAUACCUGAUGUGGAGAUGAGAGAAGUAGACUGUAAAAAUGUAAUUAAAGCGAAUGAGGGAUCUGAAACUUGUGAUAAUAUAGAUGAGAAUUUGACUUUUGAUGUCGUGCGAGGCUUGGAUUCGGUGGUACCUAACGAGAGUGUGUGUGAGACUUUCAAUUUUGACGUUAAAGUGGAAAACAGCGUUCUUUCGAAUUUACAAGAUGAUUCAAACAGUGACAUAGGCACCUCAUCAAUAACCGAAACAGAAAGAAAUACUGAGAAAGAAAAUGAAACACGAAAAGUAAUUACCGAAAAUUAUGAAAACAAUUUAAUAUUGAAUAAAAAGUUAAUAGAAGACAAUAUAGUGACUAUUAUCGAAGAAAUAAUAGCCCAGUCUCUUCAGGAGGUUUCUAGUAAAUGUGCUCAUGAGAUCAAAGACGUCAACAAAUGCGUAGAAAAGAAUGAAUCUCUUGAUGUUAGUGAUAUAGAUCCAGUUGUAAAUUUCGACUUGAGUUUAAACCAAGAAGAAGCCAUGCCAAAUUCCUUGACGCAUUCUAACCUCUUCACGUGCAGUACUCCUUUCAAUAAAAAGUCCAUGGAGCACAAAUUUUCUAGUGUGAAGUUUGAAGAAAGUUUGGGCGAUUACGUACCUGAUAAUAAAGAUCUGAAUUAUUCUUUAGAAACCUGGGACAAUUUCUUAGGGUCUACUCUAGAUCACCAAAAUCAACAUCCGGAAAAUCUGUUUGACAGUUUUUCUUCGGAGCCGAGAAGUCUUUUGUUUAUUGAAGGUCAAGAAGUGGAUGAAGCUUGUGAUAUUGAUCAAACUAGAGUGGUUUCAAAAGAUGCUACUUAUUGCAAAGAAGGUAACAAAACUUAUAAUUGUGAUGAUAAGGAAAAAGGUGAUACGGUCAAUACUACUUAUAACAAAGGGGAACCUGGAUCUUUGGGAGUAUAUUCUGGAGAAGUUUGGAGCAAUUUCUUUACACCUACUUCGGAUUAUUCCAAUUUACAUUCCGACACCCAAUUCGACGAGUUUUCUUCGGAACCUCAAAGUUUAAUAUUCAUCGAAAGCGAGGGAGUCUACAAAACAUGUGAUAAUGUCGACGAUGCUAACAAAAAAGUUCGCGAUGAGGCUAAGAAUGGUGCAAAAGAUAGUACACAUUAUACUGCGAAACCUGGUACUUCUAAAGAUUUUCGAACUGAAGAGAAUGGAGGAUGUGUGGGUGAUAUCGACACAAGAGUUAGAGCAUUGAAUUCUACUUACAGUAAAGAAGAUAAUUUGCUAAAUUCUACUUACACACUGAAUGAAAACAAUCUUAAAGAGCCUACUUUAGAAGGUUUAACGGAUCUCAAUGAAGGAAGCUUUGAAAACGGAGGUGGAUGGUUCCUUCAUCCUCAACCAGCUGGUGACUUAAGUGGAGAGAUUCAGGUUCAGUCUCCAAGUACAGAUACCUAUGUAGGUUUCGGUAUUGAUGAUGAGAUAAUGUCCGCAAUUCGAAACGAAUUACUGACUAAAUUACCUCACGCACAGGGAAAUAACACGGACAAAGUUAAGGAAGAAGAUGAAUGGGAUACGUUAGAGCGAAACGAAGUAUUUUUACGAUAUAACGUCUAUAACACUCCGCUAUCUCCGAUACCAGAAGAAAGUUUGAUUGAAGACGUUUCUGGUACAACAUCCCCGAGGCACGAAAAAGAACUGGAUGAUGGCGAUUGGUCCGGACGAACCGACACAGAUACACUAACCCACGAAGUAGAAAGCACUUCAGCUCACACACUGGAAAGCCCCGUUAGAGGCCCACUAAAUCGCCACACGCCAAGCCAAGAUUCUUGCUGUUCGAACGACACUCUUUUCAACCUAGAAGAUUUGGUUUGUGGAAUUACAGAUAUCGAGAGAGAUAGAGAUAGUCCUUUGAAUGUCAACGUCGAGGAAAUAUCGUCGGAAGAUGCUACCAAAAGUGACAUAGAUGAGAAGAGUGUGAAGAAUGAAAGUAGCGGAGCUGAAGACAGCAUGGAAAGCAAUACAAAACCACAAGAAAUUAACCGUUUUCUCUCGACCGAAAGGAGCUAUUCUGCGGUUGUUCCUUUGCCAUCACCAGAAGAAAAUCCCUGGAAACAACUUCCAGCUUCACUGCUAAACUACAACCAACUCUCGCUGAGUAACACUCCUUUAAUUAAAGAAGAAGACCCAAAAUCAGAAGAUUCAAAUAACUGUGAUACUUUACCGAAAACAGAAAUUGGCGACGACGACGACGCUGAUACUUUAAGAACAGACUCGAUAGAACAAGACGAAGAAAGUGAAAAUAAUAAUGUUACCUUCAACCAAAUCCACCCUCAGAUUUUGGAUUUAGCUGUCACAGUGGAACCAAAUACUCAAGAUGAAGAUGUGUGCUGCAGUAAAGAAAAAGACGUAGCUACAUCUGAUCAAGAGACUUCGGACAAAGAAAACAUCGAGCCGCGUUAUCAGAAUUCUGAAGUUAAAGAUACAGCUUUGCCGAAUAUCGAAAACGAAAAAAUUACCAAAGUAGACGAUCAUCUAUACGAAAACUCGAAUAUAAAAGAUACCGAACGACUGUACCAAAACCUGGAACCGAACCUCGACCCUUUCGACGAUUACGUCAAUAUAGUCAAUAUGGAGAAUAACAAAAAUCGCCUAGAGUCAGAUCUGCUAGAUAAGGAUCAUACAUAUAUCAACACAUACGAACCUAUCGAAAAAGACGAUGAUGAUAGCAUUUACGGCCUUUUGACUGAUAUUAGGUUUACAGGACCUGCAGACAGCCAGAUGAUGUCCACUUCCUUUAGCGAAAAUAACGAUGAGCAGGGAUGGGAGAGCGGAUCUGAUUCCAGAUCAAGUUCCAGUGGCGAGUUUAUAUGGCGGGAAGGAGAACAUGAGGAGUCUCUCAAGGCCCUUAGAGCUGCUCCUCAGGAUGUGCUUGAGUCUAUCACACCCAUGGAAGGGAUAGCCGAAGACAAUUUUGAAGAGAGCGACUUAAGUAGUAACUUCAGCGAUGAUGAGGAGUCUCCAGAAUUUGUACCUUCAGCUUGGGACAAAUUUGCAAUGCCUAGUAAGUCAGCAUUGAGGUCACCAGAGAAAACACUUAAGAAAAGAGAAGAGCAAAAACCCAAAGGUGUCUGGUUCAAAAAGCAGAAGUAUCAUUGCAUAUACGAAUAUCCGAAGGAACCAGAAAGUCCCGUAUUGGCAAAUCAGGAUGUAUGGAAACAACCAGAAUUUAAAGUUUUUACAGAUAGUCCGACGAACUCUAACAUGUCAGAAGACUUCUUUAUCACUAGUUCGACCCAACCUUUCGACACUCAUAAUCUCAGCUCGCAAUUUUUCCCCGGAAGCAGUUCAUGGAACUUCGAUAACGUUACGCCGGAUAGCGGCAUGGAAGAUAUCACACCAGGAAGCAUUUCAGAUGCCAACGAAUUUGAGACUUCAACAAUAGUGCCAACCUUGAAACAACUAGCUUCCGACGUAAUUAACAGAAAGAAGACUUCAAAGGUUAGUGGUGGUGAUGUCCUCGGAGGUCUUAGGCACACCAGGAAGUUAUUAAAAUUGGACUUACCUCCUAGCCCUAGCGCUUUCACUUCUGAUAAAUUAUUUACAGUUGAACCUACUGUGGAGCCAGUUGUUAGAGAAAAACCAAGUUUUACUACAUUUGGUAAAAGUAGGUUUAUGGUGCAACACGUAGAUACUCCUGACGAAGUUAAAGGCAAAAACGUUUCGUUUGAAGCCUUACCCUAUAAACCAAACAGUCCACUAGUAGAAAAAGUCAGUCUAGUACUGGACGACUUAAAACAUUUACCGGACAAAUUUGACUUUGUAGAAAGAAACUUGAUAAAAAACGAAGAUGACACAUGUAAAACUAAAGUCGAGGUUGUACGUGGAGAGGCGAGUUUGUUAGAUAGUGGGGACGAGGAUAGCGGGAUUGAAUCUACUAGUACCUUAGAGAGAAAGUUAAGUAAUCCAGAGGUAUAGGCAAUAAAGUCACAUAAGAAGGGGUUGUUAGAAAGUUUUUAGUUAAGCACAAACUAUAAAGGGAUAAAAAAUAUAUUAUUAUAUAUUAAAUAUAUUAUGUGUUUUGAUGCCAAUGAAAAGUCUUCUUGAUGACUUCUCCUGGAGUUCGCUGAUAUAGUUUCUCCACUAAUUAUUGUUGUGGGGUUAAAAAAUGGCUGCAAGUGGUCUCUAGUCCUUGUAAAUGGUAUAUUCACUGCAAAUCUGCUGGCUGUACCUGUUGUUCGUAUUCAUAAAUGCUCAUGGGUUUUUCGGUUUCCAAAAAUGUAAAAUGUUUGAACUCACUACUUGUUACUUACUAGACAAAGAUUGUCCUUAUACUGAUCUUAAAAGUAGUGUUUAUUCUGUCUGCCCAAAAGAAGAAGGAAUAUUUUCAAUUUGACUUAACAGUGUAACGGAAAUCAAACCUGGAGGGAAAGAAAGGAUGUCCAAAAGCGAUUAAAGCGAGAGAUUAAAGGAGUAUUAAUAUGGGUAAUAAAAAAAUUAACCCAAGGGGAAGUUUCGUAUUGGAAUAUAAGUAAAACGGAAGAAUUCCAAGUCUAAAUACGUUCACUAUGCAACCGGUAUAUAGGUGCUUUGAAGGACACAAUGGCGAGCUUUGGGACGUGGGCACAGCAUAAUAAACGAAACCAGCAAGGACACUCCCUGAUGCCGCCUUUGAAGUUGAAAAGUACAGGGUCGCCAUUUUUCGCGUAGUACAUCUCAGUGGUGAUGUGAUGUGUUGGUUCAUCAGUGUUGCCGAUGUCACCAACUUUAUUACCCGUAAGAGAUUCUUUUUGAAUAAUUUCUGGAAUUUAUGCAAAAGAUUAACAAUACAAUCGCCAUUCAUCGUCAAUAUUUUGUGUUAUGUCCCAAUUAUUGACAUAAUUCCCACAGGCAUACGUAUAAAAUUAUGUUAAAAAAUAUGAAUGUCAUAAAAGUUGAGUAAAUCUGAUAAUUAUGUACAAAUCGGCAACACUGUCGAUUUUCUACAUUGUCUGGUACUACGCACAAAAUGGCCGACGAUCUGCGCAGUAAUAGUGCGCGAACUUUUCCCGCCUACUAGUGUGUCACUGCUGUUGCGUUUUCUAUGCUGUGACGUGGGUCUACAGAUAGCUAAAUUAAACAGGGGAUACUGAUGAUGAGAAAGGAAGUAAAAAGACAAUCAUACUAGCUGAAAGAAAAUAGACAAAGAUUUAAUCAAAUAAAAAGGAAAAAGAGCGUCACCUCAUCUUUUCUGCGAGUGACAAGAUAAACUCAAGGAUCCUAUUUUAGAAGAUUGAUUUAAGAAAGAUAAAAAUGUGGCGAAUAUGCCUAACCUCUCUUUAAAACCAAUAUAUACAUAUAGCCAAAAAACAAUCACACUUACCUUCUAUGGUCUUUAGUUAUUGUAGUCCAGGGCGCAUCUGUUUUGAGAUGGACGUUGAGAGGUGACUCAAAUUUUUUUGCAGAAAUUGCUUGAAAAUAAUUCAAAUAAUAAUAUUGUGAGUUAUCCUCCCACUCAAAAUAGUCCGGAACAUUGUUUAAAUAAUCAAAAUGUCAAAAUAUGGAGGAAAAAUUCGAUUUUUUAUUGGUUUUUGAUUAUAACUUUAAAACUAUUCAUUUCUGAGAAAAGUCGUACUAACAUUAAAAGUUGCGUAAUUAAAUUUCCUACAAUAAAGAAUUGGAUAAAAGUUUAAAAAAUAGUCACCCU